AUGGUUUUGAACUGAUUCUCUACGCAUCCCUAUGACGUCAACAUGACUCUUUUCGGCGGAGAGAAAAGCAACGCAAUGGACUGCACGUAUAAACCUGACUGAGCUUUGAAAUAAAGCAACACCCAGGACAGGGCGUAAUGCCUGCGAAAAUCAAAAGGCGGUUAUUAUGGUUCAGAACGCGCUGAAUAGAAUCUACACUGCAGCAGACAUUCGUUAGAGAACAUUGGGGCACAGUGAUGGGUUGUGGGGGAAGCCGUGCUGAUGCCAUCGAGCCACGCUACUACGAAAGCUGGACCAGGGAGACGGAAUCUACGUGGCUCACCAACACGGACACGGAACCUCAGAUGUCUACUCUUACCUGCGGAGCUAAUGGUUAUUCGGAAAACGCGAUUCACAGCAUCAGGGAGCACGGAGCUCUUGUUACAGGCAAGGCAGAAGGUGGAAGGCAAAAUCAGAAUUAUGUCACAGUUUCUUCAACUACAAACAACAAAGAAAAGAAAACAGUUAAUACAGGCACCCAAUGUAGUAAAACACCUUUGUAUGCAACGUCUGUGACAUCUACUCAGAAGAGAAUGCUGUUCCAGUCAGAUGAUGGGUCAACAGUGCAUCAAGAGAAGUCUCAAGCCAGGAAGUCAAUAACAAUCCUGCAGAAAACAUCUGGAACGGCAACACAAACAGAAAGACUUCAGAGAAAUAUGUCACUUAAAAAUGGCAGCAAAGUCCCUGCAAAGAACUGAGGGUUGUAAGGAUCACCCCUUUCCUUAAAAUUAAUGAAAAUCAAUUUAGGAUAGGAAGAGCAAAAUAUGAGUUCUGUAUUGUUGCUCUGUCUUUGGUGAUGCUUCGGCCAUUUUUAUAUUUUACAUCUCUUUUUAAGGAAAUUAAAAAUGAGCUAAACAGAAGCAUACGGAUGAAAGACUGUAAAUACAGCCAAUGAUUAGAAGAACAGCUAGUAAGUAGUAAGAGCUGAGUGCCUUCAGGAGUCACAACAGGAAUGAGGCUUCGGUAACAUCCCGCAAACCUGGGACCUGUGAGAACAGUUUUGGAGAUGCCAAAGUACCAAAUUACUUAUAUAACCUUAAAAGAUUCGAAGAUACUUAAAAUAUUGUAAAUAAUCAUUUUCUUUCAUAAAUUAAUUAAUGUAAUAUGAUAUAUGUUUCUGUAAUAUAAAAAAAGACAUUUUUUAUGUAUAUGUU